ACACCUUUUCAACAAAGACCUUGCUUUGAAAACUCGCUGACUCCUCUGGCUUCUUGCCGGGUUUAUCCUCAAAAGUCAUUCCAUUUUGAAUAUUGCCCGCCACUUGGAAAAGAUGGCCAGAUUGAUCGUCAUUUGUUAACCCGAUAGACCUCGGAAGACAUUUCGGCGGGAGACUUCCCUUUGUCCUUUUCGUCUAUGGUAUCGAAAUCGGAAGCAGAUUCAAACUUCUUGAGGGGAUGUGUAGCAAUAUUUUGGACGGAAGCAGUGGAUGAUUUCCCACGCUCAAAAGAUGUCCCUCUCCCUCUCCCGACAGAAGCUGAAAUUGAGAAUGCACUGAAUAUAUCUCCGGAGUAUGAAGGGUGAUGGGUUUUCCAGAUCAGAUGCCAUUACAUUGUGAAGUUCAGGAAGGGCGUCAAUCUUGUUGAAGAAGAGAACAUGCUAUUUGUUCAGGAAAUGACAAAGGUCCCUGUGCCUCGAGUUUAUGCUCUCUACUCAAACCCACAAAUAGGCAAAAACUACAUUGUCAUGGAACAUAUUGCUCGUGAGACACUUGCAAAACUGUGGGCAAGUUUGACAGGUGCAGAAAAGGAAUCUAUUGUUGCAAAACUGCACAGUUAUAAUACUACAAGGAGCUACACCAGUUGCCAUCACCAGGUUACUAUGAGCAUAGACAAACAAACCCUUCUUGAUGAGAUAUUUUGGACACAGCACACAGAAGCUAUGAUCAAUAGUUCAUUCAUCACUGAAGCCGCGCUCAACAAAGCGAUGGUGUGGAAAUACACUCAUGACAGCCGGCCUCAUUACAAGGCAGAUUUUUACUGUCAAUGUCUGCCACACAUUUUCUGUGGCCACAAGCUGAUGUUUACUCAUGGUGACUGUCAACACAAAAAUAUUAUGAUUCAGAGUGACCCCCAGCGGAUGACUGCCAAUAAUCGCACUUUGGAGAUUGUCAUUCUUGAUUGGGAGAAGUCUGGUUGGUAUUCAAGUUACUGGGAGUACUGUCUAGCUGUUUGUGCAUUAUGUUGGGAUGAUGACUGGGGCCUCUGGAUUGAGAAAAUGCUAGAUCUGUUUAUAUCUGAAGUUUCCUGGCUGCAAAUUCUACGCCUAGAAUUGUGGUCCUAGGACAGUUACGUUUUCAAAUGGCUCUCAGAGGUUGACUGCUCGAGAUCAGGAUGGAGUACCUUGUCUAUGGAUUUGACUGUUUAAAGAUAUUUGAUAGUUUUAUCAAUUAAUUUCCUUCUCCAGGCUAUGCGUCUG